CCUACACAGUUUAGAGAACAAGUUCAGUUCUCUGAAGUCCACAAACUCACAUUGAUUAAGCACUGCCUCUCCUGUGUUUGGCGGUUCUGGAAGCUACAGACAAUAUGCUGCCAAAAUUUCACAAGUGGCUGCCUCUUCUAUUUUUCUUCUUUUCAACUUGUACUGCAUAUUUUGCCACGCGUGACAACUGCUGCAUCUUGGAUGAACGAUUCGGCAACUUUUGUCCUACAACAUGCGGCGUUGCAGAUUUCGCAAGCAGGUAUCAUAAGGACGUCGAUCGAGAUCUUCAGAUCCUUGAACAAUUGUUGGGGGAGAUCUCUAAUUCUUCAGGAGUAACUGACAGCUUGAUACGCCAGAUCCGACAAGUGCACGUCUCACAGCCAGCAGCUCAGUCAAAUGUGAUUCCAGGUUAUACACAGAAGUCCAGACAAAUCAUUGAUGAAAUUUUGAGAUAUGAAAACAUCAUUGUGGGUCAUGAAAAUACCAUACAGCAAUUGACAGACAUACUGAUAUUAAACAAUAAUAAGAUUCAGUUACUAAAGCAGAAAACUGCUCAGCUCGAGGAACAAUGUCAACAGCCAUGUAAAGACACUGUCCAGAUACAAGAAUUAACUGGAAGAGAUUGUCAAGACAUUGCUAAUAAAGGUGCACGGCAGAGUGGACUGUACUUCAUAAAACCCCUGAAAGUGGAGCAACAGUUCCUGGUGUACUGUGAAAUCGACAAUCUAGGCAAUGGGUGGACAGUUUUACAGAGGAGGCUUGAUGGCAGCGAAGACUUUAACAAAAACUGGAUUCAAUAUAAGGAAGGAUUUGGACAUCUGUCACCUAAUGACAAUACAGAAUUCUGGUUGGGAAAUGAAAAGAUUCAUUUAAUAACUACUCAGACUACAGUUCCAUAUGCCUUGAGAAUAGAGGUGGAGGACUGGAGUAACGAAAAAAGAUAUGCAGAUUAUGCCCAUUUCAAAUUGGGAAAUGAAGCUGACAAAUACCGUAUGAUCUAUGCCUAUUUUGCUGGGGGCGACGCUGGGGAUGCCUUUGAUGGAUUUGAUUUUCAAGACGAUCCCAGUGACAAAUUUUUUACUUCUCACAACGGCAUACAGUUUAGCACGUAUGACAACGAUAAUGAUAAAUAUGAAGGCAACUGUGCUCAACAAGAUGGAUCUGGCUGGUGGAUGAACAAAUGUCAUGCCGCUCAUCUGAAUGGCAAAUAUUAUCAAGGUGGUGUUUAUUCCGAGAAAGACGCAGGUCCACAUGGCUAUGACAAUGGCGUUAUCUGGGUAACUUGGCAUAAUCGGUGGUACUCCCUGAAGAAAACAGUUAUGAAAGUCAUUCCUUUCAGCAGACUUGCAAUUGUGACAGGGCAGCAAAGUGGAGGAGUAAAAGAUGUUGAUCUUGGAAACCGUGGAGACAUUUAGAAAGACAACUGCCUAUGUAAAGGCAACAAUGAACAUAAACAGUAUUUGUUCUUGUAUCCUAUGUAAAAUGUCAGAGCUAUUGAAUUUUGAGCAUAUUGUUUACAAUAAAACGGCAGGUUCAUGACAAAAAGUGGGGUUUUUUUAAAGAAAAAAAUCAUCUUAAGUUUUCUAAUAAACAUGUGACAAUUACUGAUCAUUUACGUUCUGGCAGUGUUUACUGCUUUAAUUGACUUUAUAAGCAGAUGCUAUAGAUUAUUGUGAUUGGUUUAACACUCAGUCAUAUUUAGAGGACAUCAGUUUAAAUCUAUAGCCUUUAUAUAUGUCAUGAAUAAUUUAAAUCUCAGUGAUAUCAUUGCUUGGUUCCCACCAGGGGUGGGUUCUACUUACCUUUACUACCCGUUCGCUUCACUCGCGCACGCACCUUGCUUCUGCGCAUGCGCAGAUCGCCGAUGAUGACAUCCAGGGCAGUGGGCGGGGCCUCCCACCGGUUUUACUACCGGUUCUUGCAAACCGGUCCAAACCGGGGGCAACCCACCACUGGUUCCCACAAUGAGUUAAGCCAUACCAUACUUAGUCAUGUACAGCAACAAUUGGACGUAUGUUGGGUGGAUUUAUAGGCUAUGAAUCAUUGGUUAACAAACUAGAACAGUAAGUGCACAAGAGCCAAAGCCAAAUAAACUAGUUUAUGACUUAGAGUAAAAUUUGCACCCAGUGAUUUAAACUUCUAAUAACUUUUGUCUUGUCCCAGUCAAAUCUUGAGGAAAAUGAGUUCUGCUGAUAAUCUGGCUUCAUUAAGUGUAACUUCUUGUAAACAUUUAAAUUAGGAAUGUGGUUACUGUCUACUGAGGAUGUCAGAUAAAUGAACAAAGAUCUUCAUGGAAUCCUAUUUACAGACAUUAAAAAUCCAAUAUUUUUCAAAUAAAAGUGUUCGUUUUCAUUUUUACUGCAAGUUAGAGAUGCUUUAAAAAAUAAAAUGGAAGUGAAGCUAAACUCAGUUCAGACAGUAAUUUUCUCUGUUACUGGAAUAAAAGACAUUCAUCAUUCAUUUCUUGCACACAUUGCAUAAAUAUAUGUGUGUACAAUUGAGUAGACUGUACAUUAAAUUUUGGAAUAGUGAAUAGCUGAAUGGCAUAGUUGACAUGUCAAAAAUCUGAAUCUUGAUGUUUUCUGCAUUGUGUCUCACAGUCUUUAUGUUAUUGUGAUUUCCAUGUUUGAAUAAAUUUCCUACACAUGCAGAACUGUGCUAUAUAUACACUAUCAUUUCUAAUUACUUUGCAGUGUGUCUUAUAUGAAUCAGUUUUAAUGUGUUGCUAAUGUCUUCUCAGCUGCCAUAAAAAAACAUAGCAAUAUUAGCUUUGCUUAUUCUAUUAAAGAUGGACAACUCAAUGUAAAAUGCAAAUUGAUGUGAAUAAAAAUUCCAAACAUGUUAA